CUGUCGUCAGACGGCCGAUCGUGCCAGGACCGCCAAAGAGUCGACGCGUGCGUGGGCUGCUGCUGCUGGGGUCGGCGCACGUGGCUGACGUCGAUGACGCGUUGCGGGUCGCGCGCCGGUCUUGUCUCCCGCCCUCACGUCGGCGAGCGCGGCGCGUCCAUCUUCUCCGUCCCCCGUCCUCCGCCUCUUAUGCUCUCACUGCAAUAUCUCGCCCGUCGUUGUUCUGCCUGCACCCUGACCUCGCGUCUGCGCUUCUGAGCACGCGCCGGCUGGGCAUCGGGGCGUGAUGUGACUGGAGUUGAACUGUCUGACUUCCUAAUCGAGACGAGUUGGGUGAAAUUGCAAGUUGGACCUAGCCGAGCUGCGAAAAACAUAAACCUCGUCUAAUCGCUCUCGGACCUCGCGGGCUGGGUAGAGGGGGCAAAUACAAGCCGGAUUACCGAGGGAUUUUGUGAUCUUUUACCUUGGACUUGUCCUAUACCCUCCCUCACUGCCCGAUCUCGGAAUUAAGCGUGACAUGGGGGCUGCUACUCGUUGUAGUUCACCGUCUCUCACCGUUCAAGCUGGAGGAGGUGCAGGACAUGUCCUUCUUUUGCUCUAUAUACUUCCUCAGGC